AUGUACGGCUUGGUAUUCGCCCUAUUGAUGGCGCUAGGCAUCGCCGGAAUUCGUCACGUUGCGGGAACUAAGGAUCCAUUUGAUGUGCUCAACCUGCCCAUAGCGCCAGACACCCAGAAAGCUAUUGAAGAUUAUACUUAUUGCAUGGUGUGCGAGAAGGUCGUUGCGGAAAUUGAAGCAAUGGUCAAGCCGAACCUGACACAAGAGGUUUAUCUGAGCAUCGACAGGUUGUGCGGCAUGCCUCCUGUCCUGGACCUCAGGAUCAAAUGCCGGGAUAGGCUCACAGCGGUUGGCGCCGACCUCGCCAUCCACAUCGAGGACCAUCAGGAGCCGAAGGCGGCGUGCAAGGGCGUCGGUCUCUGCAAGGGAGGGCAGUUCUGUUUCCCCAAU